AGGAGAAGAGAUAAAUCAUGGUGGCUGUUCAGUUGUUUACCUGGAAGCCAUUGAUUCUACCUUCACAAGCUUCACGAGUAGAUCGAUUCGCUUCUUUUAACAGGAGCUUGAGUUUAAAGUCUCUACCUUUAGGUGGGAUUGAGUCUUUUAGAUGCCCAGGGACCUUCAAAGUCAAAUCUCAGAGGACAGGAGACACUGAGCCGUCUAGUGUUAACCUGAAUGAUUUCAAUUCCAAAUUCCAUAAGAGUCUUCCAUAUAAACUGGUGGUAGGAUGCAUCCCACUGUAUGUGGUGUUCAGGAUAGCGCAAAAGAUAUGUCAAGAGCUUCCCCGCCUAGUUCAGAACUCAGUGGGGGCUGGCUUGCCUUUUGCUUGUGCAUCGAACUCUCUACCUACUCCUCUCAAGUUGGACGUCUCCGUUCCUUCUUUUCAAGAUAUCAGAUGGGGUCUUGCAAGGUUUCUUUACCUGUUCAAUAUACAGCUUGAGAAGAACAUUGGCACGUUCCUUGUGGCGCUCAUGAUAGCAUGUGUAUCGUUUGUUAUCAUUGGGGGACUCCUAUUUUUCAAAUUCAGGAAAGACCUACCAUUAGAAGACUGCCUUUGGGAAGCCUGGGCAUGCCUCAUUUCCUCUUCUACUCAUCUGAAGCAAAAGACACGCAUUGAAAGAGUCAUUGGAUUUGUCCUAGCCAUUUGGGGAAUAUUGUUUUACUCUCGACUUUUAAGCACAAUGACAGAACAAUUUCGGUAUAAUAUGACAAAACUGAGGGAAGGGGCACAGAUGCAAGUCCUAGAAGCUGAUCAUAUCAUCAUUUGUGGAAUAAACAGUCAUCUACCUUUCAUACUAAAGCAACUGAACAGCUACCAUGAGCAUGCUGUCCGCUUAGGUACCGCUACAGCUAGGAAGCAGAGACUUCUGCUCAUGUCUGAUACUCCAAGGAAGCAGAUGGACAAGCUAGCUGAGGCGUACUCCAGAGAUUUUAAUCAUAUUGAUAUCCUUACAAAGAGUUGUAGUCUUAACAUGACGAAAUCAUUUGAGAGGGCUGCUGCCUCUAUGGCACGUGCUAUUAUCAUACUACCAACGAAAGGUGAUAGGUAUGAAGUUGAUACAGACGCAUUUCUUUCUGUAUUAGCCCUUCAACCUAUACAAAAGAUGGAAUCGAUCCCAACCAUUGUAGAGGUAUCAAGCCCUAAUACGUAUGAUCUUCUCAAGUCUAUUUCGGGAUUGAAAGUGGAGCCGGUUGAAAAUGUUACGUCCAAAUUGUUUGUCCAAUGCUCACGUCAAAAAGACCUGAUAAAGAUCUACAGGCACCUACUAAAUUACUCAAAAAAUGUAUUUAAUCUUUGCAGCUUCCCCAAUCUAGCUGGGACGAAGUAUAGACAAUUAAGACUGGGGUUCCAGGAGGUUGUGGUCUGUGGCCUUUUACGAGAUGGGAAAGUAAAUUUCCACCCAAAUGAUAAUGAAGAGCUCAUGGAAACCGACAAACUAUUGUUUAUCGCACCUCUCAAUUGGAAAAAGAAGCAACUAUUAUAUACAGACAUGAAACUUGAGAACAUUACAGUUGCGACUGAUACUCGGAAGCAAGUGUUUGAGAAAAAAAGAUCACGGCUAGCAAAAAUUAUAAUGCGUCCUCGUAAGUCCUUAUCAAAGGGAUCAGAUUCCAUCAAAGGACCCACAGAAUCUAUACUUUUACUUGGUUGGCGUGGAGACGUUGUGCAAAUGAUCGAGGAGUUUGAUAACUAUCUUGGUCCAGGCAGUUCAAUGGAAAUAUUAUCGGAUGUACCGUUAGAGGACAGAAGAAGAGUGGGAGAUAGUAUGGGUUCAGUGAAAAUUAAGAACAUCCAAGUUUCACAUAAGGUUGGGAAUCCUCUGAACUAUGAUACAUUAAAGCAAACUAUAAUCCGUAUGAAAAGUAAAUAUAGAAAAGGCAAAAAUAUUCCUUUGACCAUCCUUGUCAUAUCGGAUCGAGACUGGCUUCUUGGAGAUCCAUCUAGAGCAGACAAACAAUCCGCUUACUCUCUUCUCCUUGCUGAAAGCAUCUGCAACAAGCUUGGAGUAAAGGUACAUAAUCUAGCUUCUGAAAUCGUCGACUCAAAACUCGGCAAGCAGAUAACAGGACUCAAGCCGUCCCUAACUUUCAUAGCGGCAGAGGAAGUUAUGAGCCUUGUAACAGCACAAGUUGCUGAAAACAGCGAACUGAACGAGGUAUGGAAGGACAUUCUAGACGCAGAUGGUGACGAGAUAUACGUUAAGGACAUUGAACUGUACAUGAAAGAGGGCGAGAACCCUUCAUUCACUGAGCUCUCAGAGCGAGCUUGGCUAAGGAGAGAAGUCGCCAUAGGCUACAUAAAAGGCGGUAAAAAGAUAAUCAAUCCGGUUCCAAAGAACGAACCUCUCUCCCUCGAAAUGGAAGACUCAUUGAUUGUUAUAUCAGAGCUUGAAGGAGACCAACCCAUCACACUAUGAAAAUAUAUACAAUCUCAUAUA